AGAAGAACUACAGUUAUUAGCCUUUUCUCUUGGGUGCGAAUUUUCAGCUCUUUAGUCAUCUUUAUGGUUCUCUCUCUACCCCCAAAGAAAUCCCCAACCGGCAUGACUUCAGCAGCUAGGAAGGACACGUGUCCCACUCUCCCCCAGGAGAUUUCUAGCAUCUCUUUUCUCUCAGAUUCCUAAAGAAUGUGCCGGUGGCUCUCAGAGGCAUUCCUUGCAGAAGCAGCCCUUCUCUUUCCGAGGGAGACAAAGAGGGAAGGAGCCUUUCAGCUCCCUUUGAAGCCAGUGCAGGCUGCAAUACGGUCCCGUUUGCACCUCCCCCCAUCCAGGAAAGGGCCUGGGGACUCAGCCAGUAAUUUGGCAGGCAGAGGCACAUACUGGUGCGGUCCUCUUCCCUACUCACCGCCUGCCCCCCCCCCCCAAAUCACCCCCAGCCAAAUUACAACUGCAGGACUGGCAUAGGCUUUGCUGGGUAUUUGAGUGGGAGGGAUGGAAUCAGAGCCAAACCAAGCCACUUAGGUGUAGCUCAUAAGCCCUCGGAGCAGCAGCAGCCUCUGCAUCUGGGACAGCAACAGCUGGAGCAGCCGCCGCAGCAGCAGCAGCCCCAGGACCUUGACCACGGAGCAGGGAGUAGGAAGAGGACCGAACUGCAGUCUGAUGAUGCCUCCUAGUCUUCAACGCAAUUAACAAGCACUUUGAAUUCUCCAAAGCUGCUGGAUUCCAAUUAGAGGCCGGACUUUUGAGGCAGUUUUUGGGAUAAACACAAUUAAGGCAACCUUGAGGGAAGGUAGGGAAAAAAGAAGCACUUUUCUUCCCUGGAAGAAACGUACAAAUUAGCAAGAUGAUCUCGGGAACUCAGUGUGCCUUAGUCUUUCUCUUGUCUUUCAUUGCCUGUCAAGGAUCUCCGGCAUCUCAGAACUGUCUUAAUAAACAGCAGCUCCUCUCUGCUAUCCGUCAAAUGCAGCAGUUGCUAAAGGGCCAAGAGACUCGCUUUACAGAGGGGAUCCGCAACAUGAAGAACCGACUGACCAUGCUUCAGAAUUCUGUGAACAAAGCCCUUCCGGAUAUCCCAGCAGUCUCCUGCCCUGCGCUGGAAGCUCCACCCAAUGGGAGAAAGUUUGGCAGCAAGUACUUCGUGGAUCAUGAAGUCCAUUUCACCUGUAAUCCUGGUUUCCACCUGAUCGGGCCUAGUAGUCUCCUCUGUCAGCCCAAUGGCAACUGGACAGGCAACAGACCUGAGUGCAAAGAUAUCAGUGAAUGUGCUAGCCAUCCUUGUCAAAAUGGCGGAACAUGUGUGGAGGGAGUCAAUCAGUACAAGUGCACUUGUCCACAAGGAUGGACUGGAAACAACUGUCAGCAGCAGACUCAGACAGCGGCACCUGAAUGGAGUGUGACCAAUGAUCCUGCCUUUAGUCGCAAGCCACGCUGUGCCAAGGUGGAUAGGACUCAACACUGUAGCUGUGAGGCAGGUUUCCACAUGAAAGGCACAGCAGAUAACAGCAUAUGUCAGGAUGUGAAUGAAUGUGAGAUUUACAAGUUGGAAGGGGCCAACCAGCUCUGUAUGCACAACUGCAUUAACACCCCAGGAUCCUUCCGCUGCUCUUGCCCAGCUGGUUACAGAACCCUUGAGGAUGGAAAAAGCUGUGAAGAUAUUGAUGAGUGUGCAGAUUCUCAACAUACCUGUACCCGAGGGACCACAUGUAUUAACACAGGUGGCAGUUUUCAGUGUGUCAAUCCUGAGUGUCCAAAGAGUAGCGGUAAUGUGAGCUAUGUGAAAACAUCUUCAUUCCAAUGUGAACGCAACCCCUGCCCCAUGGACAGCAAAUCUUGCCACCAUGCUCCGAAGACCAUCUCUUUUCACUAUCUUGCACUACCUUCCAGCCUGAAGACACCGAUCACGCUGUUCCGCAUGGCUACAGCUUCAGCUCCUGGCAGGCCAGGGCCUGAUAGUUUGCGCUUUGGGAUUGUAGGAGGAAACAGCCGGGGACAUUUCGUGAUGCAGCGCUCUGAUAGACAGACCGGGGAACUGAUCCUUGUCCAAAGCCUGAGAGGGCCACAGACAUUAGAGGUGGAUGUUGACAUGUCAGAGUAUCUAGAUCGCACCUUCCAGGCUAACCAUGUGUCUAAGAUCACUGUUUUUGUGUCACCCUAUGACUUCUAAGAGGGGUGUAUGGGGUGGUCACAAGGGCCAGUAGCUCGGGAUUGCUUCUCUUUACCAAGGACUCAGCUCUGGGCACUGGUUCUAAAGACCCUUCCCACUUCUUAACCAAGCUCAUGCCUUAGUCAUGGAAGCUUUUUGAUCACUACAAUGCCGCUGUUCUGCAUGAUGGUCCUGAAGUGUUCUCAAGUCACUGACACCACUGAAUGGUUUCUGCCUUAAUGUUCUUCCAGAUUAUGCACUAACAUUCUCAAGUCUUCCACAGGAAAUGGAAAGUGUCUCUAAGCACUGUGAGAAUAGUAAUGCGAUUCGGAGUUAGUUGAGGGUAGGAAAGGACAAAAUAUACUUUUCUGAUGACCUUCAAGCUCUUCCUUUAUUAGAAUAAAAUCCUACAACAUAGCACUUGCCGGCUUGUGGAUUUAACAAUAUUACAGGUUAGAUCACAUUUCCUCAAAACAUAGGGAAAUGUCAUAAGUCUCUCCCUGCCAUGAUGCAGAAAACUGUUCAGACCUUUAAUAUGGGUUCUAUCUUUGUCCCUCAGCACCAUUUAUUAUGAGUUCCACUGUACAUAUGUCAGUACAUUAUUCAAAGAAGUUGAGGAUGAUCUGCAAUCCUCUUUAUAAACCUUUGAAUCAAGAAGAUUAAAUAGUAUAUCUAUAAUAGAUAAAGGAGACCUUGCUAUUACUAGAAAUAAACACUUCCUGAGAAGCAGAGCCAUAUAUUAAUAACUCCAUUUUACAACUGAAUAAACUCUGCUUUUCUGACCCUUGUUCCUGACUUCGGCCCAUAAAACAACAUGGCGCCAUUUAGAUGCAUUGAUAUGGUUCUUGUUUGCUGACUAGCUCAAAGAAACUGAUAGAAAUGGGAAGAAUAAAAGCAAGCAAGGUAAUUUGUUGAUGAAUUCGUAAUUUCCAUGAAAAAAAGUAACUACCAAAGUCUAUCUAGAUGGAAUAUUGAAAAGCCCAUCAUCUGGUCAUAAAUUUUUCAGGGAAAAAAUUCCAGCUGCCAUUUUCCCCAUAUGGUUAAUUCCCAACCCAAGUAAUUAGAUGCUUUCCUAGUGAUUACAGAAAGAAAAUACUAGAGAGGGGAAAUAGAGAACAUGCAUGUAUCCAAGAGAUCUGUUUAUUACCAUUACUGAAAUUUCAUAGCAUAUAUCUUUUUUAAAAAGUAUUAUGAGUUUUUAUUCAAUGUAUUUUGUCUAAGUUUUAUAUGGCACUGAGAAGUGAAGUGGCAUAGAGGAUAGAGGACAAUCCUCAGAGACAGGAAGGCCUGGAUUCAAAUAUUGCCUUUAACACAUACUGGAUAUGAGACUCAGUUCUCUAGGAAACUUUCUAAAAAUUGCAGAGAAGGGUCUGAUUUACAUUGAUAAACAGAGUUUCCUUACCUAAGGACCUGGAGAAAAUUUUACUAUGUCAAUGGAAAAAUAAAGGUAGUUUUGUGAGUCCUAGAGAUGAGAUUGUCCUAAUGAAUACAAAUAUCUUCAUUUGUCACAUUAUGUUGAACUGAUUAAAAAUGGGCAUUUUUCUCCCACAAGGUUUUUAUUUGGAUAAUGAAACUCCCAAUCAUCAUUGACUCAUAGGUCUUCCCCCACAAACCUAUUUCUCAAAAUUCCCCAUUUUCUCAGACUUAAUUGGUGACUCAAUAAAUUGUUUUGUCUUGCCAAAUCAGAUAAGUUAGGAAUUACAGGUAAGAUAUGAAAAGGUUGCUUCUAAGAGAGCUCCACCUCUGCUUUUGCAGGUAUUAAAGGCAAUAUCAUUAUUCAGAAAUGAAAAAUAACCCCAAUGACAUGUGAGGCAACUAAAAUAAUGAAUAGCCUUUCAUAUAACAGGAUCCUCCAUUUAGGUCUAUUGAGGUGAUGAUUCAUAUGGCCAGUGAGGACUGUAUAGGAUGAGCUAUUCUGGUACAAUAUCAAAGCCAAACAAGAAUUUUAAAAGGUUUUUCUCUUUCAGGAAAAUAUCCUUAGCUUAAGAGGUUUCUAGUAGGCUCCCUGUAGCAGGAUCCAUGCCACUGGUGGUCCCCUCCUAUCAAUUUUCCUGCCAUAUUUAGGGAGACUUUGAUUACAUUGACCCAUAGGGCCAACCCAAGGUGAAAUUUUGAGAUAGACAUUGUUUUAGCUUUGCCAAUUCUUUUCCCUUUUUGACACCUUUUCCAUUCAUUCAUUCAUUCAUUCAUUCAUUCAUUCAUUUAUUCAACAAACAUUUAUUCAAUUGCUAAUUACCUAUGUCUUCCUAUAGUCUCAGUUAUAGUGGCCUCUUGCCCUCAGAAGGCCCUUAGUUUGAUCAAUCUUCUCCCACUAAAUACCUGUAUAGUGUCCCAUUGGUCUUUACUAGGUAAACUAGUGCUUAUUAAUAUGUGCUAAUGUCAUUCCUCUCAAGGAAUAGAUUUUAAUUUUAUUAGGCUGUUCUAUGUAGAGAGAACUUGAACUCAGGAGUGAAUUAAAUGAUGAGUAUUUCAGAUACUAGAGGAGGCUGAUGGAAAAGAUAUUUAGGGAGCAGAUAGGCCUUUUUAGCAUACUGUAAAUAAUUCUGUAUACACAAUGACCAAAUUUGCAUAGGCAGAAGUCUAUUUUUCAUGAUCCCUGCAUACUCUAAGCUGCCCACUAGUCCCCAGAUUUUACUACAUACUCUACCUUUUCUCCUAGUGUGACAGCUGCUAAAGUGAGGAGGUAAAGGGCAUUCUGCUAUCUGGGGCAACCUUUUCUCCUCUCCAAUACCUUUCAGUAAACAAUACUCAGAAAGGGUUAGAAGUGAAAUGUCACUGCUCCACUCUGUGGCUAUGGGGACUUUAGUGUUGUCCCACUUUUGGGUAGUGCUGACAGAUUGACACUAUUGUAUUGGCAAAGCCCAUACAUGCCAUGAGUUCAGUUCUUUGAAAGUCAAAUAGCUCAUCUGUAAGCCAUAAGAAAGAGUUAUAUGGAUGUCUCAGAGGAAAACUACAGAACUCCAUGGGGAAAAACUUGUAUAGACCUUGUUGAGAAUGGUCAAGGAGGCCUUUCUACCCAAAUAAAAUAAAGUCCAAAGUUAUUCCAUCUUAUUGGGGUAGUAAAUGUGGUCACACAAACUUAGGAAUUCAGAUACAUCCCAACCUUGUUGAUAAGGUUGCAACAUGCCUAGCUAGAAGAAGCGUUUCAGCACAGUAACUAGGAAGUUCCAAAAAAUAUGAUGACCAAAAGCAACAGGUUAUGGGACAAUAGAUUUUGAGCUGCAUAGAUUGAAUAUAAUGACUCCUCUAAGCAAUCCCCAGCUAUAAUCUUAAUUUUUAUUCUUUCCUCAUAUUCAACAGUAUAGUACUGGUGAUCAAAGAAAAAUUUUAAAAGCAUUUUUGAGACCAUUUAAAAAUUCACCACCAAGUUGGGUUAUUUAAUUCAGAUAAAAAGAUAUUUUGUCUUCCAUAUUCAUUCUACCAAACAUAAGAAUAAAUAUUAUCUAUUUUUAUUGAUUAGAAUAAUAGAGUUUUAAUGAGAAAACACUGAAUAAUUUUAUUUUUAAAGUAAGUUAGCAUAAAGGUUCAUUAAAUUUGGCAUACACACGUUUGUAGACAGAUCUAAGAGGAUCUGUAAACUUGGAUAAGAAAAAAUAAUUGCAUCUUUAUUUUCACUAGCCUCUACAUGAAAGUUAGGUUUUCCUUUGGAUAUUUAAAGGGGGGAGGGGUGAUCCAUAGGCUUGACUAGACUGUCAAAGCAUUCCGUGAUACAAAAAAAUAGCUAAGAAACCUUGUCUUCCUACAUACAACUCCUGCUCAAUAAAAGAGCAGGAAGACCUCCAUGAACUAAUGUUAUAUGUGAUAUCAAUAUUUCAUCCUUCUCCCUUUACCCAAGAAACCCCCCAAAUGUUUGAAGAAAAUGUUGAAAAGGUCUGAGUUGAUUUUUGCUUCUUCUGUUUAUUCUUACUCUCUCUAUUGGGAAGAUGUAAAAUAACUUUGAAUGAAUAAGAGACAGGAAGCAUGAGGGGUCUGUACAGUGUACAAAUUGGAGAAUUGGCUCUUGAAUAAUGGAAAAUGGGCUGAGCUCUUAAUAACCUUUUUUUUCUUGUGAAAUAAAAGCAUUUCUUUUUUUAAAAUAACUUUGCAACCAAAUCUUCUCUCUUUUUUUUUAAAACCUUACCUUCUGUCUUAGAAUUCAGACAAGUAUUAGUUCCAAGGCAGAAGAGCAGUAAAGGCUAGGCAGGUUUUUGUUUGUUUGUUUGUUUGUUUGUUUUUGCAUUUCAUGACUUGCCCAUGGUCACAUAGUUAGGAAAUGUCUUGGGCCAGAUUUGGGCCCAGGACUCCAUCUCCAAGACUAGGUCUCUAUCUGCUGAGCCACUUAGCUACUCUGAAAUCAUUCUCUUUGUAAGAAUUAAGGGGUUUACUAAAUGAGUUGUAAGUUCUCUUCUAAUUCUAAAUCAUGUGAAUUAAAGACAAAAUAGCAUUAAAUCGUUGUAAUAAAUUGUUCGGUAUAGGAAAGGAAUCUGAAGAAGGAAUACAAAGAAUAUUAGUUAUAAAAAAAGAGUUGUAAAAGGGUUGUUUCUGACAAACCUCUAAUUUUGUAGUUGUGGAAGGCAAAAUCAUUAUUUAGAAUUAGCUGUAUCUUAGGAACGUGUUAUAGAGCCUGAUGUGCAUAUUAUGUUCAUAUUGAUGUCCAUGCUAUAAAUAAUAAGUCCUCAGUAUAGUAGACCUAUGUUUUUAAGAUCUCGUAGUCUAAAGAAUGCAUCUACAUCCCCAUCCAUUUGACUUGGUAGUAACACAUUUAGAUAGACAAAUGAUUUUAGCCAUGCUAUAGACUUGCCUCCAUGCUGCUAAUUGUUUACUCCAUGUAGGACCUAGUCUAGGAAUGAAGAUAGAGGAAAAGGAAGGAAGUAUUCAGUGCUGUCAGAUCCUCCACCAGCAGAACCAUAACAAAAAUUAAAGUGCUUGAGGCAAUUCAGUUGAAUUGAAUCUCUGAGAUACCAGCCCACUGUAGGGGAAAUUGAAUGUCAAAAAUGAUGAGACUAAUUUGGGGGAGGCUUCCAUAGAAGGGGAAAGAAGCAGAGUGUGGUAGACCAAAGAGGAACCUAUCUGAACUACCAAGUGUCCAUGGUGGAGGAGGAAAUGUCAUUUAAGUUUCCCAUUUUAAUUAUUCUUGCUAUGUAGGUGUUAAGCUCAAUUGUUUUCUGCACUAUAAGAAAAAUGUAAGUGCUGUAGAUUAUCUCCAAAUUUUGGUACCAUGAGACCAAACUCCAGCUGCCCUACCCUCAUUAUAGUUCUUAUCACCAUCACCACCUUCAGCAAUUAGAUAUCUUUUGUUUGAUUCUGGGAGGGCGCUCAUUCAUCUGUGUUUCUGUAUAUUAAUUGCCAAAUGCUCCGUUAUGCAUGUAUAUUUUUCACAUGAGUUAUUUGAAUAAAUAAGAAGAUUCUUGAUCCAAUAAAAUAAAAAACAAUUUACGUUUGA